AUGACGCAAAAAAAGAAUUCUGAUUCCCCAAAAGCCAACACAACAACAGUACAGGAUAAUGAAAAGAAAAUAACAGAAGAAGAAGAAGCAAUUAAUGAUAAUGGUGAUAAUAAAACAGAAACAGGUAAUAAAUCAAAUACAAAACCCAAAAAAAAGAAGAAAAAAAAAGCUAAAACAACAAAAGUGGAAGAAUUGGAAUUAAAUAAUUCAUCAAAUAAAUUAAACAAAGAUGAUUUGGACGAGAUUGUAGAUUAUAUUUUGAGUGAUAAACCACCGCCAUCAUCCCAGAUAUGUGCAAUGCUAAAGUGUAAACAAAGUCUUAAAAUUGUGAGUCAUAAUUGUCAAUAUUGCAACAUGAAAUUUUGUACAUCGCAUAGACAUCCUGAAGCACACUCGCAAAAAUGUGUAGAAAAGGCAAGAGAUACGGCACACAAUUUGUAUAAACAAGAUUCAAUUCGCCUAAUUACAGAAGAAAGAAAAAAUCCAGGAAUAAUUAAUAAGAAAAAUUAUAAUGCCGAAAAAAAUAAAGAUGAAUUAAAAAAAAGAUAUAAAGAAAAGUUAAACAAAAAAAGACAAGAAGAAAGAGGCAGCAGUGAUAAUGAAAAGAAAAUAACAGAAGAAGAAGAAGCAAUUAAUGAUAAUGGUGAUAAUAAAACAGAAACAGGUAAUAAAUCAAAUACAAAACCCAAAAAAAAGAAGAAAAAAAAAGCUAAAACAACAAAAGUGGAAGAAUUGGAAUUAAAUAAUUCAUCAAAUAAAUUAAACAAAGAUGAUUUGGACGAGAUUGUAGAUUAUAUUUUGAGUGAUAAACCACCGCCAUCAUCCCAGAUAUGUGCAAUGCUAAAGUGUAAACAAAGUCUUAAAAUUGUGAGUCAUAAUUGUCAAUAUUGCAACAUGAAAUUUUGUACAUCGCAUAGACAUCCUGAAGCACACUCGCAAAAAUGUGUAGAAAAGGCAAGAGAUACGGCACACAAUUUGUAUAAACAAGAUUCAAUUCGCCUAAUUACAGAAGAAAGAAAAAAUCCAGGAAUAAUUAAUAAGAAAAAUUAUAAUGCCGAAAAAAAUAAAGAUGAAUUAAAAAAAAGAUAUAAAGAAAAGUUAAACAAAAAAAGACAAGAAGAAAGAGGCAGCAGUGUUAUAUAA